GGGAGAGCAGCGGCGAGGCGAGGGAGGGGGGAGCGAGUGACCGGCCACGGAUUUUCAUUGCAGAGAGGAGGGGAAGGGAAAAAAAGCCUACACGGGUCAUCAAAACAGAAUGGCAGAGACUCAUGGUUUGAUGGAGAGACUGGAGAAAGCAGUGACUCGACUUGAAUCAUUGUUUUCAGACUCACACGGAUCUGGUGGAAUGGAGUGUGAUGCCAUCAAUGGAGUCAAUGGAAGCAUAGCACCAUAUGUUGAAGCCUUUGAUAGGCUGCUGAAUGGAAGUGUUGCUGAUUUUCUCAGGUACAGCAAGAUUCUUGAAGGUGAUGUGAAGACACAUGCAGAGAUGGUACGUGCUGCUUUCCAAGCACAGAGAUCUUUCCUGGUGUUAGCAUCCCAAUGUCAAGAGCCUCAAGAGAACGAGGUGGCAAUGCUUCUCAAGCCAAUAUCAGAGAAGAUUCAGGAAAUCCAGAACUUCAGAGAAAGGAACAGAGGGAGUAAAAUGUUCAACCACCUCUCAGCUGUCAGUGAAAGCAUACCUGCCCUUGGGUGGAUAGCAGUGUCUCCUAAACCAGGCCCUUAUGUCAAGGAGAUGAAUGAUGCUGCUACCUUUUAUACUAACAGGGUAUUAAAGGACUACAAGCACAGUGACACACGUCACGUUGAUUGGGUGAAGUCAUAUCUGAACAUCUGGUCUGAGCUUCAAGCUUAUAUCAAAGAGCAUCAUACCACAGGUCUCACCUGGAGUAAAACUGGUCCUGUAGCAUCAUCCAUGUCUAUGCGGUCUGUUCUAACAAGCAGCUCGUGCCUCUCACCACCACCACCGCCGCCACCGCCACCACCUGGACCUCCCCCCAUCUUCGAUACAGAAACUCCAAAGGAUGAAGGAACUGCAUCUCGCUCCGCCCUAUUUGCACAGCUUAACCAGGGAGAGGCUAUUACCAAAGGGCUUCGGCAUGUUUCUGAUGACCAGAAGACUCACAAGAACCCCAGCCUACGUGCCCAAGGUCCAUCUGUUCGUUCUCCAACAAAAAGCCAUACUCCAAGUCCCACUUCUCCCAAGAAUUCCCCGCAGCAGAGCCAUGCCCCUGUCUUUGAGCUAGAGGGAAAGAAGUGGAGAGUGGAAUAUCAAGAGGAUAAGAAUGACCUGGUCAUUACCAACACUGAACUCAAGCAAGUGGCCUACAUUUUUAAGUGUAACAAAUCUACACUUCAGAUAAAAGGAAAAAUCAAUUCAAUUACUAUUGACAACUGUAAAAAGUUUGGCCUUGUGUUUGACAACGUUGUGGGAAUCGUGGAAGUGAUCAAUUCCAGGGAUAUUCAGAUUCAGGUGAUGGGGAAAGUGCCAACCAUUUCUAUUAACAAAACAGAGGGCUGCCACAUCUACCUCAGUGAGGAAUCAUUAGAUUGUGAGAUUGUGAGUGCCAAGUCAUCCGAAAUGAACAUCCUCAUCCCCCAAGAUGGUGAUUAUAAAGAAUUUCCGGUUCCUGAACAGUUCAAGACAGCAUGGGAUGGAUCUAAGUUGGUCACUGAACCUGCAGAGAUUGUGGGUUAACUUCCUAACACCAUAGAGCACUUGCUGACCGCGACCAGACCACAGCCAGCAUGAACAAAGCAGUAAUGUAAAGAACUAGAAAUAGCAGUAGCUUAUACUGCUGUGAUAGGCCUUCAAGCAUUAGCUCUGCAUGCUAGAAACAAGAACACAUCUGGCACCCUUUUGUUAGGCAUCCCAAUACUCUUCAUGUUUCCACAGUUUGUCUUCACAUACAUUUUUAAUUCUCCAUGAUUUCAUAUGAAUGUAAUAGACUAAAACUUCCAUCCUCCAGUCAUAUCAUUGGUUUGAAACACUGUAUGCAUUAAGCCAAAAUACUGCAUGAUACACUUUAUCAUCUUGCUUUAGUGCAUUCCUUUUCAUGUUUCUGCUAAUCAAAAACAUCAUUAAGACUUUAAGAUGUUUAUUUUUACCUAUGAAGCAAUUUCUGUAUGAUGCAGUAAAAAUGCACCCCUAGAAAGUAUGCAGUUCCUUGUAGUUCUGUGGCAACCAUAAUGGGGUUUGUUUUAAACAAGCAAAAAAA